AAUAAAAUAGCAUAGUGAGAUGCCUUGUGGUAGGAAAAAGCCGAAGCAGACACCAAAAUCCUUCCCAGGAAGAACAGGGGUGUCCUGAGAUGGCAUUUCACUCAGGUCUGCAAAAACAAGCCAAGGGUAUCCCAGGGUCUCUCUCAGCCAUAAGGAGAACCCAAGCAAACCACAUUAUUUGAUUUCUUCUUAGGAACAUGGCCCUGCAACUUAAAAUUGGGUGGUUUACUCCUCAUUAGUUCAGCUAUCAGUGGUACAAAAUAACCUAUUCUUCCAACUAUCCAAGAAAUUAUUUUAAAUUAAUGAUUUAUUAUCACGUCCUCGAAAACCUCCAGAAAAGAUUUGCCCAGGCACAUACAGAUGUACCUGUACCUGUGCAUGUUUCUGAAUACCAGGGCCUGAUGGAGAGUGUGGGAUUAAAAUGUGAUGGAAUUUGGACUCUGGCUUCGUUCAACAUUAGCAAAAUGAGCCAUUUUCACAAUUAGAGGACUUCUGUUUUGGAUUUGGUAUCAUUUCACCUGUUGAGGGAUCAGAGCACCAUGACGUGGCUGUUCCUCACCAUUUCUUGUUUCAUGCUCGUCGCUGCAAAGUCAGAAGAGAACCCCGAGGUGUCCAUGGAUGUUGGUGAAAUUGUCCAGUACCACGGGUACCCCUACGAGGAGCACGAGGUGGUGACAGAUGAUGGAUAUUACCUCACCCUGCAGAGGAUCCCCCACGGCAGAGACAACCCAGAGAGUUUCAGCAUCUCCCACAAGGCAGGGGCGCAGGCAUCCAACAUGUUCUGUCCCCCUCCAAAGGCCGUGGUCCUCCUGCAGCAUGGCCUGGUGUUGGAGGGAAGCAACUGGGUCACCAACUUGCCCAACACCAGCCUGGGCUUCGUCCUCGCUGACGCUGGCUACGACGUCUGGAUCGGGAACAGCCGGGGGAACAGCUGGUCACGGAAACACGAGGAAUUUGAAUUCUACCAGCAGGAAUACUCAGCUUACAGCUUCCAUGAGAUGGCCAUGUAUGACCUUCCAGCGUCCAUCAAUUACAUCCUGCAGAAAACGGGGCAGGAGCAGUUGUACUACGUGGCUUAUUCCCAAGGCACCACCACAGGUUUCAUUGCCUUCUCAUCCAUUCCUGAACUGGAUCGCAAAAUCAAGAUGUUCUUCGCCUUGGCUCCCAUCACCGUGAACUCAAACAUGAAGUCACCCUUGGUGAGGGUGUUUGACCUCCCCGAGGUGCUGAUUAAGCUCAUUUUAGGACACACAGUGGUCUUUGAUAAGGAUGAGGUCUUGAAGCAAGUGAUUUCCAGAAUGUGCACCUACCCCAUGCUGAAAACCGUGUGCUCUUUGGUCUUUUACCUGCCCGGUGGGUUCACCAACAGCUUGAACGUGAGCCGCAUGGAUGUCUACCUGGCCCGCUACCCUGACUCCACAUCCCUAAAAAACAUGUUGCACUGGCGCCAGCUCUAUCAGACAGGGGAAUUCAAAUAUUAUGAUUACGGCAGUGACAACAUGCUUCAUUACAACCAGACCACUCCUCCCUUCUACGAGCUGGAGAACAUGAAAACCCCGCUGGCUGCCUGGUAUGGGGGCAAGGACUGGAUUUCAGCCCCUGAAGAUGUGAACAUCACCCUGCCCCGUAUCUCCAACGUGGCCUACAAGAAGUACAUCCCUGAAUUCGUCCACUUUGAUUUCCUCUGGGGCAAGCAGGUCUAUGAGCAGGUCUACAAAGAAAUGCUUGACCUGAUGGAGAAGGGUGCCUAAGAGCUGAAGCAGUGGCAGUGAUUGUUGGCUUCUCAAUGACUUCUGGGGGUUCUUUCAUUUGGGGGGAAAAAAAAAAUUAAAAAUAAGAAAAACUGGGGUGGGGGGAAAGCUCAAUAAACUGCUACACUUGGUCUGGAAUGAUAUUACUCUGGCCAGUGAGGAAAACCAUGCAGUCCAAUGACUGGGGAAGCACUCUGGAUUGAGGUUCAAUAGGCUGAGGUCCCUGCAGAAGUUGAGCAUGGCCCUCACACCCUGAGUCUCCCACACACCUCCCUCACAACCAGUUUAGUGGAACUUGGCUCCUGGUGGCCAUUAUGGACUCUGGGCUCUUUGAGCUUGGGUUGCCAGCUGCAAACAGCUGGACAGAAGCUCCGUGCCCUCCUGGAUGCUGGUGUCCCACAGGAGCGGGUCUGCUGGGAUGGAGCCACGUCGUGGAUGGAUCCUGCUUUAUUCACCUUCUGGCAACACUUCCACACCAAGAAUCCCAACAUCCCAGCACUCACUGCCCUCGUUCACAGCUGGAAGGAGCUACAAACAUCAUGCCUGGUGACAAUGAAGAGUAGCCAAAGGUUUGUACCCAUGAGAACCUCCCACUUUACUAACAGAGGGGAUAUCUUUCUCAGAUUCAUGCUGAUUUGGAUAAUCUUACUUAUGCACAAAGGAGUUUCAAUAAGUUCUAGCAGGAAACACCAUUUUGCACCACUUUAAGCUAUUCUAAGGCACAAACCCAGCUGCAAAAGCCGCUUUUUGCUGCCUCUCAGGGAAUGCUUUUGUGGGAGGAAGAAGAGUGUGGUGGAAAGCAGUAACAAGCCUAAAUCUGUUUUCAGCUUCUGGAUUAAAUUGUUAACAAUACCUUGAUCAGAGGAGGAAUUGUGAAUUUGCUGAUUUGUGUAACUAUCUUCUUAAAAUAUGCCUGGGAGGAAGCAAGGCAAAGGAUACGGUUCUAUUUCCACAAAUAUGCAACAAUAAUAAUAAUAAUAAUAAUAAUAAUAAUAAUAAUAAUAAAUUGGAUAGGGUCUUAGGGUCUACUGGGCUCUGUGUGGUUGUACUGUUAACUAGAGAUUAAAACUCUGGAGGAAUUGCCCCCUGGGAGGGUGGGCAGGCCCUGGCACAGGGUACCCAGAGAAGCUGUGGCUGCCCCUGGAUCCCUGGAAGUGUCCAAGGCCAGGUUGGACAGGGCUUGGAGCAACCUGGGAUAGUGGAAGGGGUGGAAUGAGACAGGCUUUGAGAUCCCUUCCAACCCAAACCAUUCCAGGAUUUUGUGGGUGUGGGGGUUUUCAGCACAGACCUCUUGCCAUGUGCAGGUGAGGGAGAUUGCCCAAUGCUCCUUGUGCUCAGGGGUCAUUUCCAGUGGCUGGUCAUGCUGGCAGAUGCCCAGGGUGCCACCAGCAUCUCCCUGCAGGGAAGAGGUGGGUGGUGAGAUGUUGGAAUCGUAGAUGCUGAGAAUUUUAAACUUUCUCUUCUAAAAGGCACAGGCUCACAAAAGAGCACUAUAUUUGACCUAAAGCUGUAAAGAAGACUUCCAAAAUUGGUUAAUAGCGCUAAGAUUAUGAGCAUGUAGUUAGUUAAAAGUCUGUAAUAUCACAAAGUUAAAAACUUAAAGUUUGAAAAUAUAGAAAUAAAUAUGAAGCAAAAUUAAAGUUUUAACGCAGAAACAGGUUGUUCUUCUUCACCUUCCUUCUUCUUCAUGAGU